GUUUGUCUCGUUUCGUCCUUUCGAAAAUGUUCAAAAGCGGAAAUAGCCUAUGUUCGCCGUGGAUAAGCGAAAAAAUUCGACCCGGCAAGCAUCACUCAUGAUGAUCAUUGAUGAUCACUGAUUUGUAUGUUGUUCUUGCUCACUCGUGUCAUUAUGACAAAAUAUGCAUGUAUAAACAUUUUCUGUUGAUACUUGUAUAUUUAUGUAGAUUAAAUAAGGAAAUACUCGUUUGAAAAUUUGUACAACAGGAAAAAUAAUUAUUUAUUUGACAGAUAUGUCAAAUAUAUGGAACGAAAAUGUGUAUCGCAAAGAACAAGAAGCAUUUGUUUCUAAUCAUGGUGGAACAACAGCUCGGGAAGUUAUUUAUGCAAUCAUGCCAAAUAUUUGUACCAUUCUCUUAACUACAACUACAUUAGGUCUACUGGGAAGGCUUAUUCACAAAAAUAUUAGAGUUUUGAUAGAAUUUAUACUAUUGGUAAUCCCAUCUAUUUUAUGUUGUACCAUAUUAUCAGAGUAUAUUAUAACUGUGUGUUGCGCUAUGAUGUUGAUAUCUAUUAUUAAUAUCUUACUAUUGGCAAUUAAUUCAAAUUCGUUAUCAAGGUAUAAUACAAGGACUAAUUAUGACAAAAAGCCUUUCAUUACAUAUUGUAGAGCAUUAACCAAUAUUAUAUCAGCAAUAUGUAUAUUAGCUAUAGAUUUUCGUAUUUUUCCUCGCAAAUUUGCUAAGACUGAGGUAUUCGGGUAUAGUUUAAUGGACACUGGUGUUGGAUUAUUUGUAUUGUCGAAUGCUUUAGUAGCACCAGAAGCCAGAGACUUUGCUCCUAAACCAAGAAUAGGUUUCUUCCAUACCUUAUCAAAGAAUAUGAAACAAUCAGCUAAAAGUUGUAUUCCACUUUUGAUAUUGGGCUUUGGUCGUUCUGUUGCUAUUGAAAUUAUGGGAUAUCAGAAGCAUGUGACCGAAUAUGGAAUUCAUUGGAAUUUUUUCAUAACUCUUGCAUUUGUGAAAAUAUUUACUAGUUCUAUAACAAGUACUAUUAAUUCACGGUAUUCUUUACUAUCAGGUAUCUGGAUUUUAACAAUGCACGAAUAUAUUUUAAGUACUAAAGGAUUGAAGGAUUGGGUCUUGAGUAAUGAUCCAAGGGAUGAUUUUGUAUCUGCUAAUCGAGAAGGAGUAGUCUCUGUACCUGGAUAUGUAGGACUUUAUUUAAUAGGUGUGGCAGUAGGGAGGUUGAUACAUUCUACUUAUUAUAACUCGUACGCACAAAAUACGGUGCAAUACAAAUACAAAACCUUUUUCAUGAAAAUUUUUGGAUAUGGACUCGAUGCAAGUUACAACGACUCUAUGAUAUUGUGUAUUAAAUUGUCCUUGAUAUCAGCACAAGCAUGUGCAGCCACUUUGUUUUGUGAUGCAUACUUUAAAGUUUCAAGACGUUUAGCAAAUGCAGGGUAUUGUAUGUGGAUACUUACCUUGGGUGCUAUGAUGCUUACAUUAUUAUUAUUAAUGGAAGUAAUUAUUGACAUAUUAAUCCAUAUAACUACAGAUUCAGGAAACAUAGAAAGAAAAACCAAAAUACGUAAAGCAAAUUUAAGAAAUAAACGAGAAUUUAUACCUAAAGAAUGUGAGAAAAGUCCGAUCAGCAAUACAAUCGAAAUAUUUGAAGCUGUUAAUUAUAAUGGUUUAUUCUUCUUUUUACUGGCAAACUUAAUGACUGGUGGUAUUAACAUGUUAAUACGUACACUAUAUGUAAAUCAGUUAAAAGCAUUACAAAUAUUGAUUGUAUAUAUGGCUGUAAAUAUACUAUCAGUUUUAUUUUUAUAUAGAAAACAGGUACAAAUUAAGUUAUAAAGUAUAUGAUUUGUUGUAUCUUUUUUGAAAGAAUACAAUUUUGUAUAUUGUACUAUGUAUAUACCUGUGGGCCAAAUGUGCUUAUAGUACUAGCAUACUAAAUGUAGUAUAGUAUUACUAUUGACAUUUGACAAUUUCAGACUAUUGUCACUGCCAUAAUGUAUACAUAUCAAAUUUCAUUUCUUAUUUAUUACUUUUUUU